CCCCCGGCGGCCCCUGAGAUCUUGAUUCUCCAGUGCCCCUCCCUCCUCUCCCCACCAGCUCAGUGAUCAAGGGGUUACUCCUGGCUCUGCUUGUGGAGAUCACUCCAGGAGGGAAGAUGGCAGCGUCGGAGAUAGUUCUUCCGGAGAAACUAAGUCACAAAAAAUACCGUGCGGCCCUGAAGAAGGAGAAACGCAAGAAACGGCGGCAGGAACUGGCACGCCUGAGAGAUGCAGGACUCGCCCAAGAGGAGGAAGAGGAGGAGGCCCUGGAUGAAGAAAAACAACUCGAAGAGGAGAGGCUGCGGGAGAUAGAGAGGCAAAGGUUGCAUCAGGAGUGGUUGCUGCGGGAGGAGAAGGCCCAAGAAGAAUUCAGAUUGAAGAAGGAGAGGGAAGAGGCCAUUCGCAAACGGCAGGAAGAACAGGAGAGAAAACUGAAGGCAGAAUGGGAAGAACAGCAGAGGAAAGAGAGAGAGGAGGAAGAGCAGAAGAAGCAGGAGAAGCGAGAAAGAGAGGAGGCCGGCCAGAAGAUGCUGGAACGAGCUGAGAACGAGCUGGAAAACGGCACCACGUGGCAAAACCCAGAACCACCCCCGGACACGAGAGUGAUGGAGAAAGAUCGAGCUCACUGUCCGUUCUACAAUAAGACCGGAGCGUGCAGAUUUGGGGAUCGGUGUUCCCGGAAACACACGGUCCCCACCUCGAGUCCCACCCUUCUCAUUAAAAGCAUGUUCACCACCUUCGGCAUGGAACAGUGCCGACGGGACGACUACGACCCGGACGCCGGCUUGGAGUACAGCGAAGAGGAGACCUACCAGCAGUUCCUGGACUUUUAUCACGACGUGCUGCCCGAAUUCAAGAACGUGGGCAAAGUGGUCCAAUUCAAGGUCAGCUGCAACUUAGAACCUCACUUGAGGGGCAACGUCUACGUGCAGUAUCAGUCAGAAGAGGAGUGUCGAGCCGCCCUUACUCUGUUUAACGGACGCUGGUAUGCAGGCCGCCAGCUGCACUGUGAAUUCUGCCCAGUGACCCGCUGGAAAAUGGCCAUCUGUGGCCUGUUCGAAAUCCAGCAGUGUCCCCGAGGGAAACACUGCAACUUCCUUCAUGUCUUCCGAAAUCCCAACAACGAAUUCUGGGAAGCCAACCGAGACAUUCACUUAUCUCCGGAGCGGACUGGGUCAUCCGGAAAGAACUUGGACAGGAGAGACAGGAUGGGCCACCACGACGACUACUACAGCCGGACCAGGAGGAGGAGGAGCCCGAGUCCUGGCCACGCUUACAAAAGAAAAGGGGAGACUGGGAAGAAGAGGCGGAGCAGUCACCGGGAAAGGAGAUCCCCCAAAUCCUCCCGAAGCCACGAAAGGCACGGCUCGAGGAAUCGGAGGAGCAGGAGAGCACGCAGCCACAGCCGUGGCCGCAGGAAAGCCAGCCGCAGUCGGAGGCCCAGCCACAGCCGCAGCCGCAGUAGGAGCCACAGCCGUGGCCGGAGGCAGAGCCGGAGUGGAAAACAGAGCCAGAGCCGAAGCUGGAGUGGUAGCCACAGCCGCAGCCGCAGUCGUAGUCGCAGCUUCUCAAGGUCCAGGAGUCGUGGUAGGAGGAAAUCCAAAUCGAGGAGUAGAGACAGAACUGUUCCCAGUCCCAAAUCCAAAUAAAGCGAU